AUGCUGAUGCCCUCCGCCCUUUCGUGCGACACGUCGCAGCCGCCCCUCACCCGCCUUCAGGCCGCGAUGUUCGCUUCGCCGCCCGCAAGCCCUCCCUCUCUCUCCAACCAAGGCGGCUUCGGCAACAUCUUCGACACUUGCCGUUCCCUUCAGGCCCUCCUCUCCAUGCCCCAGAACCACCAAAACCACCAGAACCACAACGCGACACAGCAGUUGCCAUCUCCGCCGCCGCACCGUCAGCUCCCAACUCCCCCUCUCGCCCAUGCGCCGCCGCCUCUCAAGCUCCGUCUACGCCCGCGCACAAAGCCUGCUUCAGAUGCGAACCUCAACAACGACCAUCUCCCGCGCAAGCGCAUCGCGAAACGUGCGCCGCCCCGCGGGGUGAACAAGCGCCGUCGCGCCGCCGACGAUGACAUGGGCCGUGACGACGCCCUCCUCACGGACGAGGAUGUCGACAGCGACCUCGAGGUCUCGUCACAACAAGAACAACAGCAACUCCCAUCCGCGCCCUCCACUCCCAAGCGGGCACGCAUUGCGCCUGAGGCACUCCCUCUCGGCCUCGAGCGCUCCGACUACCACACAUUACAUCUCCUCAAUGGCGGUGCUUUGCCACAAAACCUCAACAGCAACUACGCAGCAGAAGAUGCCCAGGGCUCCAACGUCGAGAUCGAAGCCGACGGUGAGCCUUGGAGCGCCGAGGAUGACAGGAUACUGGUCGAGCUGGUGCUCGAGAAGCUCAAGCUCAGCAAAUCAGAGUGGCAGGACUGCGCGCGCAGUCUGGGCAAGGACAGGAAUUGCCUGUCGCGGAGGUGGAAGAGCCUCAUGCUACAAGGCGAAGUAGGCCUCAAAGGCCGCAGGACCAGCCAGAGGACCAAGCUCCACGGUACCUGGCGGUAG